GAUUAGUUUUUCACAGUGUAGAUUGUUUUGUAAACAAAAGCACAACCUAGAAAUUUGUUCGCUACUAAUUUUUCCAGCCAAAAAACUAUUGGCCAAAGAAAUGUUGCAAGUGCUUUUUGAAGUGACCCGCGGAGGAACAGUAACCAAACUGGAGGACACUUUAAGUGGCAACAAUCUUGAAGCUUUGAUUACAUCGCUCAGGACUUUGAAGGAAUCCUCAAAUGCAGCACUGACACGCCUACUCCAGGAAGAGGCAAGUGGGAAUAAUGGAGAAAAAACACAAGAACCAGAUGAUACAGAUGACGAUGAGGAAAAGUAGAGAUACGACAGUAUAUUGUUAGUAUUCUAACAAGACAAUUUUAAGGCAUUUGUCAAUAAAAAAUGUUUGCAUGUUUUCUAAAAUUUGUUUUCAAUGCACAAACUUUCAUUCUGUGUGAGAUAAGAUGCAUUUUUAUAGUCAGCCCUAAAUACCCAAUAUCGUUCGACCACUGGGCUACGAAGCCUCCCUAAAAACUGCUGGUUAGCGAUUAACUUAAACAAAUAUUUCACACAUGCGCACAUUAUUUUUAAACUGCUUAGAUACGAAAUUUUAGUUACUAGUUUAUUAUUUGAGCAUGAAAAAUCUAAAACAUGUUGGCAAAUUUGAACGAUAAUAAAAUAUUGCUUGAAUCUUCGGAGAGCGAAGAUGCCAGCGAAAAAAGCGUUGCAUCUACGUACGAUUCACCGAGCGGUAGCAGAAAUGGAACAAAGACUCGUUUCAGCGUUAUUGAAAGUGCGAUAAUCAAUUCGGUGAUUGAGGAAACUAUUUUCAAGCUGAUCAUUGUUAAUAUGGAGGAUGACCAGUCAAGUGCAGCAGUAACUGUUAAGCCACCGAUGCACGUGCGAUUCGAUCCUUCGUACAAGAACAGGACGCUGAACGAGAAUCAGACCGUAGAGGUGGCAAUGGGGAUGAUGAUUAUGGUGAAGUUGAAGAAUGAUAUCUCAAGUUUAAGAAAAUUACUUGCCGAUACUCAUGUCGAGAUGGCAGAACAGGGAACAUUCGAAACACUGCAAACCUUCAUGGACAUUGACAUACAGAGCGAGCGGGAAGAACAUCAACUGAUAAGAGAUAGCAUUUUGAACGAGAAAACGCUUAAAAAAUUUCAGGCGCGUCUUGAUGGAGAAACGAAGGAACGUAAGGCGACGCUGAAUCAGUUGAACGAUGAAAUUUUUGAUUUGGAAACUAAAAUACAGGAGACUCGUAUCGAGAAUGAUGUAAAAUCUAGACUUGUACACAAAUGGGAAAGUACACGUCAUGAGCAAGCACAAAUAGUGAUCGAGAGUAAGGAAAACGAUCUCAUCCAAUGUUCAAAAGAAACCAGUAAUAAUAUCGAACGCGAAUUAAGAUUAAAAAGCGAAAUAGAUGUUUACAUCAACUACUGCAUCGGUCUGAUCAACGAAAAAAUCACGUUUUGGAUGGACAAAUACCAGAAGGAAAUUAAAGCUUUCGAUAGUGACAUUAUGCGCCACAAAGAGCACAUUGCUGAACUGAAGGUGAAGUACGAAGAAAUGGUGAUUCUCUAUAAACAUCGCGAGAAGGAGAUUAAAAUUUGCGCCGAGUCGAAGAAGGAGCGAGAAAAGCAAAUGGCCUUCGCUGACAAGCAAAUGCGAUCUGCCAUCAAAAUACAAGCUUGGUGGCGUGGAACCAUGGUUCGGAAGGGUCUUGGACCAUUCAAGAAAAAGAAGAAGUCUAAACCGCCAAAGGCAUCUAAAAAGGCGGCUGGGAAAAAGGGCAAAUAGUCGGUUUCGGAAGUAAUAAUCUAUUCAUUCUCUCGUCUAUUUUUCUAAUCGUUGAUUGAACGUAGCUCUCCACAUGAUCGGUAUCUCAUAUUUCAAUCUAAAAUUAGAUUCUUUUUGUUCUAUGAGAUUAGAGUUAAUUACAAAUGAUUUUCAACUUUUAUUAAAAAUGAAGUGUAUCUGCUGUAUCGCUGAAACAUUCUUAUAUAAACAUAGAAUAAAAGUAUCAGUGUUAAAAAAACACAAAUCAAAUUCAACACACUGACAGCGAAUAGAUUCAUGGUUUUAACUAUCCAUCGCGUUUUUAUCGCCUCGAAAAUAAAAGUCAAUUCUUCUUAUUCCUUCUAAAUAUAAUCCAUUCUAAGACAUUAUAUCUGUAAUAUACAUAUAUAGAAAAUAAUUUAAUAAAUAUUCGCAUUUGCUAUUGAUCAAUACAAAUGAUUUUACUUUACUGUGUAAAAAAUCAUUAUUUUUUGGGUCAUACCAGAUUAAACAUAUGCUGAUGUUUCAGUUAACAUAAAGCACGAGAUUAUUGACUCUUUCGACAAAUAUUUUAUAGAAACAAAAAAAUUCAGUUUUUAGGAAACAUUUAGUGUGUGUUGUUACGGUGUACACAGGAAAACAGAGAACAUUUUCAUUAAAACAAGCAGCGAUUAGGGACAAGGAAAACGUUGUACGAUUUAGUUUAACUCUAUUCAGAUCACAAUGUAGAUUAUUGUAGCUGCAUUACAGGCUGGUAUUUUUUUUAAAGAAAGUUUUUGAUAAUAUUGAGCCUUUGUAUUUGUAUGAUGCAGUAGUCACUUAGCUUCGAGUAUAGAGUUAUAGGUAAUUUUAAGGUCUUUCAACUGAGGUGAUACAAAAGCAUGAGAUCGGUAGAGGCAAUGUUGCUGGGAUUGGUGUCUUAAUAGUUAAUUAACAUGUUGGAGUUUUGCAAAGUUUUGAAUAGAUUUGUUUUUCUUCACUGCUUUCUGUAAAAUCGAUAAUAAUGUCGAACAUUUUGUUACAUAUUGAAAAAUUGGGGCCUCAUUUUUUGGUCCUUUAUAAAAUUAUACAAGCGAAAUUACAACGAAAAGGGGUAGAAUAGUUUUUAAGUUUUAUAUUUAUUUAAACAUUAUUUGGUUAGUCUUCAACGGAACAAAUGUGAAAAAUUUUCCAAACAAUUUUGUCUAAGAAAGGAAAACUAAAUAUCAAUACUGGAAAAAAUUAUUAUAAAAGAUCGUAAAAAGUUAAAAAAAAUCUCAUAAUCUUAUAUAGAUAUAUGCAAAAUUGCUGACAUUUUCAGGGUUUGGUGAUCCGUUUUUUGGCGUUGUAUAAUUUAAAGAACCACUUCAGUAUCAACCCGUUAUGAUACAACUGAGUAAGUUAGUUUCCAGCUCUCAGUCCUAUCUGAACUAAGGCGAAAACGAUUAGCUCGCUGAAGAAAAUUGUACUCUGUUAAAAUCUGUUCGACUGAAAAACAUCAAAAAAAUAAAUCCGCAUCUGGCUCCUGUUUCAGUUAGGUGAUGCAUAUCAUGAACAGAAUAAGCGAUAAUUUAUAAUUUAUUGCUGUGAAAUGUUUAUUGCGUGUGCAUCAUGUUACUGGCCAUUAUAAGCGGCCUAACCAGUGUUAAAAAAAGCGGCAGCGAUUUCCCUGACUAUGGAAAUUUAUUCGCUGCACGAAUGAACAUGACAAGGGCACAGAUCGACUGAGGACUUGAUAACGGUCAGUAUUGUCAGGAUUGCUGAAUUUUAUGGGCAACAAUAGUUCACUUGGCUCUUUCAACACGAAAUUUUUAAAUCGAAACGGAUUCCUUGAAGGUGAAAUUAAGUCAACAAAUCUUAGUCAAGAGACCGUUUAAUGGAAAAUAAUGUCCUUAUUACGCAGUCCCUAAUCUGAAAAACUGUUUCGUGAUUUACUCUUCAAAAAUAGUGAACCAUGGAAGAAUACCAACAGGAAAUAUCGUACUUUGAAAUUGAGAAUAAAAUAAAACGUUUCGACAUAAAUCCAGUUUGAAAUGUUUCAUUACUCUUCUCGUCAUUUUUGUUGUUGUUCUAUUACCACGUCAUGGAAUGUUUUCGUACUUAUGUGUAUGGAUAGAAUAUAGAACACGAAGCGCACCGCUUGUGUAAAACUGGCUACUUGUUACCUACUAUACAUGUUAAACAGCAUCUCACAAUGACGAUCUAAUUAACAUAUUGAAUAAAA